AUGGAAAUGCCCAUCAUCCCACCAGCCAAAAAGGUAACACCCCUUCUCACCCCCGCCGACAUCGACUCAGCUUUUGCCUCAACAACCACAAACCUCGCUUCCUCCUCCCUAAACGCGGUCGUCCUCUCUUGCUCCGAUGAGUACUUCGCCGCAGCUUCAAACCUCCUCACUCCAGGCACCCCCGUCCACCGACCAGGCGUCUUCAUCCACACUGGCGCCUGGUACGAUGGCUGGGAAACCCGCAGGCACAAUCCAGAAGAGUAUGACUGGGCUGUAAUCAAGCUAGGUGUCGGCAGUGGUAUCGUCGUGGGCGUCGAAAUCGACACGGCGCAUUUUGUUGGCAACUAUGGUGAGAGCGUGGUUAUCGAGGGUGCCCAUAUCGGCCCGGAAGAUACCCAGGCGCAGACUGAGGUCGCGAAGCCGAACUUUGGAGGGUGGACAGUUAUCUUGCCACGGCAAUCCUGUGGUCCUUCGUGCCGGCAGGGUUGGCUGCUGUCAGAGCCCUCCGAACCCAUUACGCACGUGCGUGUGAGGAUGUAUCCGGAUGGUGGCUUUGCUCGACUUAGAUUGUACGGGCAUGCCGUACCCCCGCCUGCUCCAGCGGUAGUAAUAGCAGGUGCAGGUGCAACGGCAGACCUGGAAGAGCUCUCUUCAGCGCUCAUGGGAGGCCUUGUGGUUGCUGCUAGUAACCAGCAUUACACACCCGCAUCUAACCUGUUACUCCCGGGCCGGGGAAACGAUAUGGGCGAUGGUUGGGAGACGGCUCGUUCGCGGACGCCCGGGCAUGUGGAUAGGGUAAUUGUGCGGUUGGGCCUGGCAGGGACGAUUGAGAAGGUGGUUGUUGACACAAAGGAUUUCAGGGGCAAUUUUCCGAGUGCGGUUAGGGUGAGUGGGUUUUUGAGGGCCGAGGAUGGUGAUAAGAGUAAAUGGGACCCGAGGAUUAAUGAUGAAGGGUGGGUGGAUGUCGUGAAGGGGGAUCAGCCGUGUAAGGCAGAUACAGAACAUGUGUUUGAGGGUGGGAUGUUGAAUAGAGAGAUUGGUAGGAAGGUGUUUAGCCAUGUUAUGUUGACGAUAGUGCCGGAUGGUGGUGUGAAGAGGUUUAGGGUAUUGGGGAGGAGGGCUGCGUGA